AUGAUUCCGAUCAGAAUCCUCAAUCGGAAACGAGCAUGGGCCGCUGUCACCCGCCGCUUCCUCACCUCUCACGCUGCUCAGAAUCCUCUUCCUCCGCCUCCGGCCGCGGCCUUCACCGGCCACUACGGGCUUCCGUUUCUUAGUCACCUGUCGUCCCGACCCACUCGUCCCAGCAACGCGGCGGCCGGAUUUGCCUCCAGCGAAGGCGUUUCCAUCGGACGGCGUUGCUUUUCCGGCAGCGCGGCGGCGGGUCCUCCGGAGGACGGGACCGUCGAUGUGCCGUUGGCGCAAACCGGCGAAGGUAUCGCUGAAUGUGAAUUGCUUCAGUGGUUUGUUAAAGAGGGGGAUGAAGUUGACGAGUUUCAGCCGCUCUGUGAAGUUCAGAGUGACAAGGCCACCAUUGAAAUCACAAGCCGUUAUAAAGGAAGAGUCUCUCGGAUGCUCUAUGUUCCUGGAGAUAUUGUGAAGGUUGGGGAGACUCUUCUCAAGAUGGUGGUGGACGAAUCGCAGGCUCCUGUGCAGUCAGUUGACUCCCAGGUUCCGAUUAAGGUGAGUGGGAAUCUCGAUGGUGAGUUGUCAUCUGGUUCUGAUUUGAACACAACUGGAAGCGGUGGUGUUUUGUGCACGCCAGCAGUAAGGCAUCUUGCUAAACAGUAUGGUAUCAGUCUGAGUGGUAUUCAAGGAUCUGGGAAAUCAGGGAGGGUGCUGAAAGAAGACAUUCUUAAAUAUGCUGCUCAGAAAGGAAUCAUCGAGUCUUCCGGGAUUCCUUUGGGUGACCAUCUUCAGAACGAACUCGGAUCAGUUGAAGUCAUUGAGAAUCCCAAUGAUAAGAAGGUUACGCUAAGGGGCUUCCAGAGGGCAAUGGUGAAAACAAUGUCUAUGGCUGCCAAAGUUCCACAUUUUUAUUUCGUGGAAGAUAUCAAGUGUGAUGCAUUAGUGGAACUCAAAGCAUCUUUUCAGAAACAAACAACCGAUCCAGGAGUUAAGCAUACGUUCCUUCCACUAUUAAUCAAGGCCCUUUCAUCAGCCCUAAGCCUGUACCCUUUGGUGAAUAGUUCCUUCAACGAGGAUGCUAUGGAGGUCAUACUAAAAGGUUCCCACAAUAUUGGAAUUGCCAUGGCUACUCCAUCCGGUCUAGUGGUACCAAACAUAAAGAAUGUUCAGUCCCUUUCAAUCCUCGAGAUAACCAUGGAACUCGCCCGCCUGCAACAGCUUGCAAUGGCUAACAAGCUUAGCCCCGAAGACAUAACAGGUGGAACGGUGACUCUUAGCAACAUUGGUGCGAUCGGUGGGAAGUUCGGCUCUCCCCUCCUCAACUUGCCUGAAGUUGCCAUCAUUGCAAUGGGGCGAAUCCAGAAAGUUCCUCAUUUCGAUGAAAAGGGGAAUGUCUACCCUGCAUCGAUCAUGACAGUGAAUAUAGGAGCAGAUCACAGAGUUCUGGAUGGGGCUACAGUCGCGAGAUUUUGCUCCGAGUGGAAACGGCUGAUUGAGAAACCUGAGCUGUUCAUCUUGCAGCUUAGAUGA